CUUAACGUCAAAAUUGUUCAUUAUAGGGAUGGCAAUUCGUUACUAGUUAACUAGUUACCGAAGGGGAGAAAAUUGUUAGAUAUUCGACUAUUCUAAUAAUUUAACUUUUUUAUGGGUUAGCCCAUGAAAAUCAACGUUUGUCUGCUCUCCUGCUCUUAGAUGCUUUCUGUUUUUGGACCAUUCUGUUUUUCAAAAGGGGGACAGUUAACAAAAUGAGCUGUUUUAUUUACGUCUGUUGUAAUUUUAAAUGACUGUUUGGUUGAGCGUGAGGAGGUAUAAUUGUUUUUUUUUUGUAUUCAUUUUGCUUAUUUCAUACCAUUAACUUUUGUAUCGUUUUUGUUAGUACAUGUAUCGUAGUGUUCAGUUAAAUAAAUUUGCGUUAUUUUUAUUAGUUUGAUUUUACAUUUCUGAGAAAUGUCCUAAUGCUAUAUCGAGCUAUUUGAGUUCAUCAAAAAACCGUUAAUUUUCCUACUUCAAACCCGUGUGGGUUUCUGCUGCCGUAUAGCUGAAAUUCUACUCCUUCGCAAAAAUUGUUCUGCUUCGCAAAAAUUGUUCUCUAUAAAUUUUUCUGUCUUAUAUUCUGCUUACUGCUGCUGCUGGUGAAAAAACUGUCGGAAAUCAACUGCACUGAAAUUUAAUCUGGGAUAGGACGAAUCUGCCGAGAAGAUGAAUUGCAAAGUGUGCGGGGAAGCCAAUGCUAAGGCCUGCACUGGCUGUAGAACCGUCUACUACUGCUCCAAGGACUGCCAACUGCAGGAUUGGAAAGCCCACAUAAAAAGCUGCAAAAAACCGGCUCCGGGUAAAAUUGGCUCUCAAAAACAGAGCGAGGUUCACAACAUGGGGGAUAACAACUCACAGUCGAAGAAAACGCGAGAAGAUAUCGAACGGAUCAUAGAGAGGAAUCAGCAUCUAAUACCCAAUUAUGCUGAUGAAUAUCAGCGAAGAUAUCCCGACAGAAUGGAUCAAGUGAUAAAGUUGAAGGCUCAGCAUCUGAGCGCCAUUUCUACGUUCGCAGAGAUUGAAGAGGGAGGCGAUGCUUUUACAGAUGAAGAAUUUUCACGAGAUCGAUUAGUCGAGCGAUGGGCUAUAACCGACACUAAAUCUUUUGAAGAGUUUAUGCAACGAAACGAUUUUGGAGAUAUUUGGGAGAAACCGAUAGCGCCAUACUUGACCGAAACUGAUAUGCGCACGGGAGCAACCAACACCAUAAAUCAUGAACAAAUACUGCGAAACACUACAAUUAAGCAGCUUGUUUAUGAUUUUGGUCGGAAUUUCGUCUCCGUUGGCUAUGUCGAUCUCAGUCAACUUUUAUGGGGUGUAUUUCAUAAUGAACCCGAAGGAGUGAUGCGUUUCUAUGGUUACGACCAAGCUGAAGUGACAGUAGCAAGAAGCAUGUUGAUCUACGAGAUGAUGAAAAGUGGCAAAACCGAAGUAAGUGGCAAAACGAUUCUGCAAGUUUGGUUUUCGUCAUGCUGGGAUAAAGAAACGAAAGAGGAGUUUGAAAAAUUUGUGCAACUCAAGAUACCAAAACUUGGAAAUGACCUGCUCACCAAGUAUGCUCAAUGUUGGAACCGAAAGAAAAGCAUGACAGUGAAGUUUGCACAAGAUGCAUUUGUGGAGCACCUGCGAUCUAUCGACUUCGAGCCCUUGGAUAAUCUGAAAGCUGAAGAUGACAGAAUGGAUUUUGCCCGCUACCUGUUCACGGGUUGCAUUUUCACGACGGAGGAUGUAGUAUGUGGAAAUUGCACAAUGUUCCCUGAUAGCACUGACAGCUGGAAGAAAAUGAAAUUCGAGGAUUUCUUCAACACAAUUGAUAUGGCUCAAGACUUGGGUAUUUCAAAGCCGAGUGAUGAGUCUCUUAUCAGGUGCAUAACCUCAAAAACUUCCGAAAACUUUGCUAGAUUGCGGGGGUUCAUUCAAGAGGAAAAGUUGGUAUGUCAUUUGGCUGUGAAAUCUAUCGACAUUAACGAUACCAAAUGUGCCUCUGAGAUCAAGGAACUGAAUCCUUACAUGAUUGAUUGGAAUAACGUGCCUGAUUAUUGGCACAGGCAUGACUUUAUAGACUUCGCGGAAAAGUGCAGUGGACCUGAAACUGUGCACCAUUUCCAUACAAUGAACUGGGUACAAAAAGUUUUUGGAGCAUCCUUCCUUGACUACAUCGAUCAGAGACCAGUUUUGGAGGACGGAUUCCGAAAGCACCGGGAGGAUUUCAAUAUAGUCGUUGAUAGGAUUAAACUUAAUAUGCCGAAUAUUGAACGAUUGAUCCGAAUACCGAUGUUCAAGCUGCCGAUAAACCUGUUUUCAGAAAUAGCCGUCGUAAUGUUUGGGGAGAAGUAUCUAAUACACGCACUGACUGACAGGAAGGGGAGAGUUCUGAACCACGCUAACGAUAAAAAAAGUAAAUGUAUGCAAGUGUUUGGCGAUAGUGCAACUACCAUGCAUUGUAUAUUUUCAUUUGACAAUGAAUUGGAACUGAUUGUCAUGUAG